AUGGCAACAACAUCACGAUCUCUAGAAGUGACGAUCAUUUCAGGUGAAAACCUGCGAGUCGAUCGGACUCGGCCUGUGAAGAAGAACGCCUUCGUCGUGGUCCGAACCGACUCGUCUCCGAUCUCUCAAUCGACGAAUCUCGACAUCGAUGGCGGUAGCUACCCUACCUGGAACCAAACGCUCCUCGUCGACAUGCCGGUUCACGCCCGGUUCUUGAAUGUGGAUGUACAAUGCCGCUCUAAUUCCGGCGACAAGGUCAUCGGAACGGCUAGAAUUCCGGCUUCGGACUUUGCCGGAGGUUACUUUCCCGAGAACUACUUGCAUUUCUUGAGUUAUAGGUUGAGGGACAGUGGAGGUGAGAGAAACGGGAUUGUUAAUCUUUCGGUGAGAGUGAAGGUUCCAGAAGGUUCUGGAAGAGUUGCGGCCGCCUCCUCUGCUUCCACUUCGUGCUCGCAGUCGCGGCCGUGGAUGGGGGUUCCGGCCGCCGGGAAGGUUUCUGGUGGGAUUGUCUCCGGCGUUCCGGUUUGGUCUAGGUAUUACUGA